AAAGGUUCCUUCUUUUCCCCCUCGACCCUCUCCUUUUUGUUCUCUUCCAAACCCCAUCGAGGAGAGAGAGAGAGAGAGAGCGAGUUGUCGAGAGCGGGAUCGUUAGGUCGGCAUCGAUCUGCCCGAUCCACGGGGGACGCAGCUUGGUUCAAGCCCUCGCCCCCCAAUUGGAACUCACGGCGAGCUGAGGGCUGGGACCUCGGAGUCGCAGAUUCUACUCUGUCGAUCGCAGCGAGGAGGGGAAUUUGGAAGGUGAGGGAAAUGGAUAGAGUUGACGAGAACAGCCGGGGCAUGAUGAAACCAGCGACUUUCCGAGAUAUGGGCGAUCGAAGAGCGUUGAAGGAUAUAAGGAAUUUGGUGGGAGCGCCACCGUAUCCUUGUGCGAUCAACAAGAGGGGAUUGACAGAAAAGAGUAAUUUGGAUGAUAAGAACCCAUCGUUCGUGGCUCGACGGCCAGUGACAAGAAAAUUUGCGGCUACAUUGGCAAGCAAACCACAAGCUUAUCGCCAGCAUGAGCAAGUGGGAAACGAGAGCCAGCACGAGAUGUUGCCACCAUCUGUAUCAAGUUCAACUGCUUUGGAUAGUUCUAUUGCCAUCGAUGUGGAUAAUUGUAGCUUAAGUGAUGACAUAGAGUUGCCCACGGUAGAAGAGAUGGAAGAAAUGGAUAACUGCGAUCUCAAGGAGGUCGAAAUGGAGGAUAUCGUUGCUGAGACUGUUCCGGAUAUCGAUAGCUGUGAUUCAAAUAACACACUUGCAGUGGUUGAAUAUGUAGAAGAGAUAUACAACUUCUAUAGACAAACCGAGGUUACAGGUUGUGCGAGUCCCCAGUACAUGUCCCACCAAUUUGACAUCAAUGAAAAAAUGAGAGCUAUUCUCAUCGACUGGCUUAUAGAGGUGCACUACAAAUUUGAGCUGAUGGAGGAGACUCUCUUUCUAACUGUAAAUAUAAUAGAUCGGUUUUUAGCGAGACAAACUGUGGUAAGAAAGAAGCUUCAAUUGGUGGGAGUUACAGCUAUGCUUCUUGCUUGCAAGUACGAGGAAGUCUCUGUCCCCGUGGUAGAGGAUCUAGUGCUCAUCUCUGACCGAGCUUACACGAGGGAUGAAAUACUUGAUAUGGAAAGGCUGAUCCUCAAUACAUUGCAAUUCAAUAUGUCUGUGCCAACUCCUUACGUUUUCAUGAGAAGGUUUCUCAAGGCAGCCGACUCUGACAGAAAGCUAGAGCUUCUGUCAUUCUUCAUCAUAGAGCUUUGUCUGGUCGAGUACAAAAUGCUCAAGUUCCGCCCUUCUCUGUUGGCUGCUGCUGCAAUCUACACUGCUCAGUGUUCUCUUAGAGGGUUCAAGUAUUGGACGAAAACUAGCGAGAUGCACACUGCCUAUUCAGAGGAGCAACUCCUCGAGUGCACUCAGCUAAUGGUGGAUUUCCACCAGAAGGCUGGUCUGGGGAAGCUGACUGGGGUACACAGGAAGUACAGCACCUUCAAAUAUGGACACACAGCAAAAUCAGCACCAGCUCUCUUUUUGAUGAACACUGGUCUCCAGUGCUAAUUCUCCGCUGGCGAAUCCUAACUUUAACAUGACCGAUUACAUGAUGAACCCAGUGCUGGGUGCAACAGAAGUUGCAGAAGCUGCAAUCGAACUGUGGGAAGUCAGUUCAUCCCAUGAAUUCUUCUCUUAUUUUGACUAUGGGAAGUCAGUUCAGCUGAUAACUUUAAGUGCUUGUUCUGCUUUCUACAUUUGAUGUUGAGACUACUGUGCAAAGAUUUCAUUGCCGAAUGGAAAAAUAAGAUAAUUGGCUUUUGUAAAA